UUGUCUACCGGCCGUCUGGAGAGCGACUCUUCAUAAUCGCCAGCGCCCGUCGCGUCCAAGCAGUGCCACGUGUGAGCGGGCUGACACGCGAGUCGAAGAUGGUGGACAGCAUCUACCGGACCCGCUCCUUGGGCGUGGCGGCGGAGGGGCUGCCGGACCAGUACGCCGAUGGGCGGGCGGCGCGCGUCUGGCAGCUCUACAUCGGAGACACGCGGAGCCGCACCGCCGAGUACAAGAACUGGCUGGUCUCGCUGCUCCGGAGCCAGCGCUGCAGGACCGUCCUCGACGUGGCCUGCGGAACCGGCGUGGAUUCCAUCAUGCUGGUUGAGGAAGGAUUCCAAGUCACCAGUGUAGACGCCAGCGACAAGAUGCUCAAAUACGCCCUGAAGGAGCGAUGGAAUCGGAGAAAAGAAGAGGCCUUCGAUGACUGGGUCAUUGAGGAAGCAAACUGGCUCACCCUGUCACAGGACCUGCAGAAGCCUGGGGAGGGAUUUGACGCAGUCAUCUGUUUGGGAAACUCUUUUGCACAUCUCCCAGAUUUUAAAGGUGACCAAGGUGUUCACAAACAGGCUCUUAAGAAUAUUGCCAGCAUGGUGCGUCCAGGGGGCAUCUUUGUCAUUGACCACCGUAACUAUGACUACAUCUUGAAAACAGGCUGCGCACCUCCUGGGAAGAACAUCUACUAUAAGAGUGACUUAACCAAAGACAUCACAACCUCAGUACUCCUUGUAAAUAACAAGCCAAAUAUGGUGACACUGGACUACACACUCCAGGUCCCACCUGAGGGGAAGGAUGGAAACCCAGAACUAAGCCAAUUCCGUCUCUCUUAUUACCCUCACCUCCUGGAGCCUUUCACAGAACUGCUGAAAAAUGCUGUACAAGGCCCAUGUGAACACACAGUCCUAGGGGACUUCAAGCCUUACAAGCCAGACCAACAAUACGACCCAUGUUAUUUUAUCCAUGUGGUGAAGAAAACUGGUUGAGAACUGUGCUAGAGAACUGCUCCAGCAAUUGUAUGGUCCCUUUUCUGUCGCUGGACUAACUGAUGGAGUCCAAAUCCCAUGCAAGCAACCAUGAAUGCGCACAGGCGCUGCUUGAACCUGAAGGAAAAUUGGAAAGAAUUUUGCCCCGUCUUUUUUUUUUUUCCUAUACGGGUCCAAUCUGAUUAAACUGGCUUUGGGGAAUGGAGGAGCCUUUGCUCAAAUCAGUGACCUCCAAGGGAAGAAAGUGGGGAUUGUUUGCUUUGCAUAUACAUCACAUGCAAAGCUAUAUAUGUAGAUGGCUAAAGUGUACCUUGCUGUUUCUUGACAACUUUGUUUUAGCUUCUCUCAACUGAUAUUGCCUUGAUAAUUUGCAUCAAUGUUUGAGAUAAUUUA